GCGGACAGCGACUGUGAGAAUCAUUCUGUGUGUAGACCUCUGGUGAGACGGCAGCUGAGAACAUUACUCUGCACACACUCCUCUACUCUCACGUACCUUAAAUAAGAUGAGUCGGGGCGUCGUACUGCUGCUGGUGGUGUGUGUGGUGGCUGCCUUGACGACCACCUCAGCCCAGGAGUUCCAGCCCCCCAACACAGUCAUCCAACAGACUCCAGGACUUUUGGAGCGGAUCAUGCAGGACUGGCGCGGCAUGCUGAGGAGCUUCAUGGGCAACAUCAUGAACUAUAUCUCCCCCUCCACCAAGGAACCCAAGGAUGGAUUCGCGCAGAGUGGAUACCGCAGACGAGCAGAGGCGGGCCACUACAAGAGUCUCAAAUUAUAUCUGUCGUCCCAAGAGGAAAGUCGAUCGUCCGAGGAGGAAGCUGAACCGUCAGGUAAUGAACCAAACUAUGGCAGGAGUGACAGCGCCUCGGGGGACUCAUCCGCAGGUUCUUCGUCUUCACCUUCACAGCCUCCCAUACACACUCACCUCGGGGAAGGCCAAGAGGAAAACGCCUCGCACUUAGACUCUGAAUCUCCCUCGACCUUCGCCCCUCACCACAAUAACAAAGAGAUCUCAGCGUCGCCAGGGACUGAGGAGGAAGAAGCCCGGCUGUUUUUUGCCCCAGCGUUUCGUUGGGGUCCCACCUUCAACCCUAACGUGACCCCCAUCCUGGCUGCCCACUCCUGGGACUUCCUGGGCUACCUUCUGCUGUUCACCCUCACCAGCUUUAUAUGGCCGAUUUAUUCUCAACCUAAAACCGAUAUGGACAUGAUGGGCAUGGACGGAUCAAUGAACAUGAUGGGCAUGGAUGGAUCAAUGAACAUGAUGGGCAUGGCGGGAUCAAUGAACACGAUGGGCAUGGCGGGAUCAAUGGCUACGGCGGAAGUGUCGUUCAUGCCGGGAGUAGACACACAGGACGGCAUGACAGACACAAGGUUCACGGGUAUAAGAGACACGGGCUUUGAACAGCCUCAGGGCGCAGUGUUUCCAAACCCUCAGCAGAGCUUCACUAACUUUCAAAUUAACUAGUGUUUCCUGUGUAUGAUCCACACUCACUUUUGAUUCGCCAGUGAGGGGAUGUGCGGGUCAUAGUUUUCCCUCUAAAUGACUCUCAUUGACCUGGUUCACGAGUGAGUUCAGAGUGUGAUAGGAACUUUGUUGUUGCUGCAUAUCUUUAACUUAGUGCUUUACAUUACAGUGACAUGUAUUAAUUAAUCUAAAUAAUGUUAUACUGUACUUGUUAGACUACCAGAGUCCAGCAAACAUCUUCGUAACUUAGAAUUAGAAUGUUUAAUAUAAGCUAAACUAAGUCAAUCAAAUCAAAAUCAUAUGUCCAUAUUUAAUUGUAUAAAUGAUUUUAUAUGUUUACAUAUAUGUAAACAUCGCCACACUUCCACGGUUCUGAGCUGGUGGCGUCAAAACAAAGAGAGAGCGCGAGUAUAAACCUACAACGGCUCAAGAUUUUCCCACAUAUACAAAGUUAUUUUAUUUGAGUGAUUUUAUCAAACUAUUCACUCAUUAAACGAAGAGAUUUACUCAAUGUUUACCCUAUCUAUCAUUCUCGUCACUACAGACUGUGUAGUAAGUGACGGUGAAUAAUUUUUCUUAAUAUCACUAAAAUCGGGUUAUUACAUCUUUCCUUAAACAAGUAAUCACCUGGUUGUUAAGCUCUAGCGCAAACCUAUCAUGCUUAAACCCAAUAAAUAAUGUGAAAAAUAAUUAGCCAACCUUAGGCUGCAUUUACACCAAACGAAUCGAGUCGAGUCAAGUCAAGACGAGUCAUGAGUCGUCUUGACUCGCCAUUGCAGUUCACAUUAAUUUGCAUGUUUUUUUUUUUUUCAAAAACCGUUCACACCGGGAGAGUCACGCCGAGUCGAGUCAUGUUUACGGCUGGACCCAUUUUUUCAUCAGUCACCGCGCGUCCGUUGUGGUGUGAGCAGUAUCAUGCAGGCGGGUGAUUUGAUAAAUUUUGUUCGGGAGCGUCCUGUCAUGUCCACCAACUUCUUAAAGUUUUCAGUUGUCAUCCCAAAGAAAUUGUAUAAUUUGUCUGGAUGGUUCACCAAGUCUGGGAAUAAUUAACUAAAGGCACCAAAAUCUUGUCCUUUGGCGUUGAUUUCAUGUAUCCACAAUUGGGUCCUCCUCCUCCUCCUCCUAUGGCGCCGAACCCACAAUAGAACAUAUAGUUCAGCGAGAGAAUGUGUGUCCAUACAGGCUGGGUACUGACAAUUUAGUGACAACCCUGACUCGUUUUGACUCUUUCGGUGUGAACGGGAAUGAGUCAAUUUGACUCGAGUCUAAUGACUCUAAUGAAUCGACUCGACUCGUUUGGUGUAAAUGCAGCCUUAUUUUACACACACACACACACACGCAUGAAGGUGUCUUGUUCAAAAUGUGACAACAAUAUUCAGUAAUAAACUUACUUUACAUCUUCAUCACAUCAUGAGACACCACAGAGGAAGGCAUUCAUCUGAACUUGUCAACUUUAUCUUGUGUUCUAACAGUUGAUGUUUUACGAUAACAUUUUAUGUGAAUGAUGUCACGGAUAGAUUGGUUGACGUCACCAAGAAGCUGAGUGACGUCACUGGUAGAGGUUUCUCUCUGGCGUUGUUACACCAAAAAUAAUUCUGUGAUGUAUUUAUUGAUCUAGUUACUACUAAAUUUAUUUAUCUACUGUAGUUUAUAUGAUCUAGUUGUUGCUUUAUCUAUUGAUAAUUUUAUUGCACCACUGAUAAAUAACUUAACUGUGUAUUGAUCAGCUGAUCAUUUUAAUGCUUUAAUUUUGUAUACGUUAAUUUUAUAUUAUUUUUUAUAUAUAUUACACCUGUUAUGUUA